AUGGUUGCUCGAGCUCUGCUUGCCGUUGGCCUUGCCACUCGAUCCAACCCACCGACCGCCCUCAUCCCGCUCGACCAGUGCGCGGUCGACGCCUUGGGCGCAGCCGCACGCGACGGCCUCAGCUUUGAGCCUCACUUUGACCCGCGGCCGGCGCUCGGCUGCUUUGCUUCUCUGGCCCCCGUCGUGCUCUCGUUCCACUGGGGCACCGAGCUGGAGGCGGCGAGGGAGGCGGCGAGCGCCACCAAACUGCGGGAGGAGGAGGAGUACCGCGCCUGCCUGAAGGGAGAGGGCUGUCCCGUCUUUUACGAGGAGCUCAAGGCGGAGGCGGAGGCGGCUGCGAUCCGGCUGGAGGAGGCCAAAGGGUUCAGGCUAGCUGGAGCGAGCUACGCUCUCCUGCGGAGGCACGGCGUCCCGGUGAUGCAGACGGUUGUUGGUCGGCGUGGCACUGCGGCCCGGCGGGGCACCGCAACCAUGGCGGACACGGCGAGCAGGGUGGGCACCGGCUCGCCGGUGUUCCAGGUGGGCAUGGGCCUCCCCUGCCUGAUCCUCCUCCCGCUGGCGCUGCUUCUGGUAGCUGCCCCGGUCUGGAUCGACGCGGGCGCGGGGCCGAUCGUCUGA